GGGGGGGUAAAUGUGCUUUGCGUCAAAGGUUUUGACACUUUAUGGAUACACAAUAGGUGAGAAGCUUUUGUACACUAUAAUUUGGUGAAGUAACUUAUAAAGGAAGAAAAAAAUAUCUGUUAGACAGAAAGCCCAAAAUGAUACCUUACUGUAAUUACAGAAUAGAUUGUUAAAAUGUCUCUUGAAAAAUAUUUCCCUGUAUACGGUUAUAUAACUGCACCCAACUUUUUUUUUUUUGAAGGUCACAAUGUAACAUUUUGGAUUAUCACACAAGUUCUAUCUGGCUAAAGGCACAGUUCGCUAGUUAUUUAGUUCUAAAUUGCCCUCACUAAAUGGUAACAGUAUACACUGUGGUGUGUUUUUGGCAGAUAUCGAAAUCAAAGUUGACGUUUAUGUUCUGCCAGCGAGUCAAUUUAAUAACGCGCACAAAAAAAGUUUGUAUUAUCCCUAAAGAUUAAAGUUGCAUGCACUUCAUGAUUAUUUCAUGUUUAAUAAGAUGUAUUGUAUAAAGAAUAAUUAGCGGGCAUAGUAGUGUGCUUCUAUUGCACUGUUUGAACGGUACUGUUUAAAUGUUUAAUGUAUGGUGGUGUUUAUGUUUAUUUAUAAAACCUAACCUUACAAACAGCAGAAUGCAGCAUUUUCACAGAGAACAACUCAUGUCAGCAAGCCACGUUGUUGUUUUUAACCAGUGCAUCGCAUCGCACUGUACUCUACAAUGACUGCCCUGCAGCGGAACACAUCUUGUGGUGUAAUUUUCUAUUUGAACACCAGAGGUCCCCCUUCAAAAGGUAACCAAUAUGUUUGAUACAUCAACAACUCUUUAAAAACGACUCUUAAUACCGAUAUUGGUUUUGAUAUUAAAGGGUGAGCUGGUUACCACCUUGACUACACGAGUUUAAUCAACAUGGGAUAUGUUCAAGGGAUACUGCACCCAGUACACAGGAACAAAACCAAGUACAUUUGUUUCUGUUCCUUAUAAUGGAGCUGGAUUUGGUCUAGACCUGUUCUAUAGAAAUGGGUGAAAGACGUGAGUGUAGUGUUACUUUAUAAGAUAUUUUUUUUCAUGAUAACAGACUGGAUGAAUAGGAUUAUUCUGUCUGGCCAUUGUUCUGGUAUUCAUAUAUUCAUAGAGAAAAAAAAAAAAAAAGCUACCUCAGUCACUUGCAUGUCUCCCACCAAAGGUAUAAUUAACAUGUCUGUCUCCUGAAAGAAAGUGUAUAGAACAGUAUAUCACAACAAAUGACAAAACGAAGGAAAGCACUAACUGAAAAGUGUUUCUUUGUUCGACCUCAGAAUUGAUUAGUGAUUGAAUUUAUGGGUGAACGGUUUUAGAAAAAACAGACACUAAGCUGCACCCAAGAUAUUGCCUUCAAUAGCCCUGCCAGUUAGGAAUCGGUACUGUCAUUUUCACCUAUGCUGAUAGUGUGUGAAUAACAUUUUCCUGGGAUGUGUCCCAAGAUUACCGCUCUAUAUUUUAAUCAUCUUGGACAAUAAGAAACUCCACCGGCGGCUUUCACACACCCUGUUCAAAGCGAAUCCUGGAUUAUUUUAGCUAAGGUAACAUUAACAUUAAUUAGUUUUUGUUUUGUUUUGUUUUUAAAGACAGGCGUUAAUAAUGAAUGUUAUGUAACGGCUUUAGUGGUUCUGUACCUUCUAAAAAAUAAAGUGUUCCUUAAAAAAUGGUUUUCCUGUACUUCACCAGGAAGAAGUUUGAAACAUAUCAGUUUAGGGUUGGUCUGGAAUCUUCCACUGAGUGUUGGUAUUUCCCACAGAUUUAAAUUAAACUGUUAGUUUCCUCUUAGUAGAAUUUGCUUUACUGGUUAUUAUGCACCCAAUGGUAAUUAGGCAAACAAGCAAUGAGAUUAGUUAGAAGCUGACAUCUUAGCCUUUGAUGUGCAUACACAACACUGUUUCGAAAGCAGGUUUUCCCCUGCAGUAUUGUUAUUCUGUAACGGGUAAUACUAUUAAAUGUGGCGAUGUGCUAAUUGAUUAGGACAGUUAAUAAUUGCAAUACUGCUAACGAGAAACAAUUCAGAAUUCGAUUCAUGCAUUUUUCUCCCUCUCCGUCAUCAGGUAGGGACUUAUUUUUGAAACAGCAGAACAACCCAAUGCCAUGCACAAUGCAAUAGCACAAAACCAGCGCUGGUUAGUUCUCAGUUUAAACCAAUUGCCUUGAUCACUGAACUUCUAUAUUCAGGCAUUCCCUUUAAUUUAUUAAUAUAUCAAAUACAACUAAGUAUUUGUGUUUAUUAACACUGAAGUUGUUGUAGGUCUGGGUAACAGCCUAUUGUGUUCCUGUGCCCAGCUGACUGUCGCCCUUAGCAACAGCAGUAAACUCAAAGGUCUGCUUGUUGGGGAAGGCAUGCAGAACUAACAAGGGAAUACAGACAAUUCAACAUAAUCCAUCAGAGGAGAUAAUUCACAACCUGUAAAGCAAGGGACUCUCAAAGGACUGGAGAAAAACAAAUCAUACAAUAUAUUUACGAACUGUAAGCAUAAAAUGAGGAUUUGACACUUUCUGAGAUAGAAAUCCUGAUGGAAUGAAAACUUGGAGGUAAGCAGACUUUAUUUUGAAGAGAGACUGAAAUUAAAUGUAUUCAGGCGAGUUACCCAAGUAACACAAAUGAGCUUUUCAAUCACCUAGGGAAGCUGUACUUUAGAUAUGUUCACACUUGGAUAUUAGUAUUACUUCAUGAUAACACUGGAUUGGGUUUGGGCUUUAUUUGUACAAAUAAUGCAACAUAACACUAACAGGCAUUGCUUUUGAUAGUCUUUGUAGACAGGAUUGCCAAAUUAGUGACCAUGCCAGAAACUAGAUAGGAGUGUGAUGCAUUUGCCAUUUGUGGGUAUUGCUCAGUACUUUAUUUUACUAUUUGAUAUGUGCAGUUUAAAUAUCUUGUUUACCACAGAUAUUUUCAUAGCAUUAGGUUAGUCUGCUUAAUGUUAUUUUACAUGUUUUGUGGGAUUGGCUAAUCAUAGUUUUGAACCAUACAGAUUUAAUUUUACUUUUUAAAGUGAAAUAAAAACUUUUUUUUUUUUUUUUUUUUUUUUUUUUUUUUAGAAUUAAUGUUUAAUACACUGCACUUUAAAACAAGGAGUACAAGUGUUAAAUUCACAAAAUUUUACAUUUCUUUCCAUUAAAUCUUAAUUCACAGACAUUCACUGCAUGACACACUGUCAAAAGCUUAAAUUUUUGCUUUACAGAGAAACAACUGCAAAGUUAAAACAAUUGCAAAACAGAAACGAUGAAUGUAAGUUCAGCAAAUGAGUCAUCAAUACCAAAUUAAACACCUACUUUAGAACUAGUUUUUAUUAAAGCAACUGAUCACCAUAGGCACCAAAGUCGAUAGCCAGUUAAUGAUCUAAAAUAUGACCUAUAAAAGAUAACCAAUGUUUUUUGCUUUGUUAUACUGUUUUAAAUAGUGACGCACAUCUAUUUGGUACAUAAGCUAUAAUUAUAAUGUAAUUCAUGGGUAAUUAUGACCCCUUUUGUGUUAACUUGUCAGGAAUUGUCAGGUGGCCGUUUUGGAAGAGACCUGGAGACAAUGGAGAGAGUACCCAUGAAUGAUGUUUCUGUUUCAGCACCAUUUGACUUUCCAAACCCAGACACAGACUUCAAUCCUCUCAUCAGCGCCAGCUACAAGGGCCUAACAGAGGUUGUAUGUUUGCUUUUGAAGAAAGGUGUUGAUGUCACUCUGUGUAAUCAUAGUAACCAGACAGCAGUCCAUCUAGCUAACCCCACGAUCCAGGGAAUCCUGCUGUCUGCUGUAAAUGGAGAUGCACUUCCCCAGAGGCAACUACUACAGGCUGCAUGGCAGGGCGACCUCCAGCACCUUCAACACCUGCUGGCAGAGUCGGCCACAGUGGAUGUGAAUGUUCCAAACCAGGAUGGGCUGAAUGCUCUCAUGCUGGCAGUGCGAGAUAUUGACCUGUUUGAGAGGCUCAGAGCCCUGCUGCCUUCAGAGUACAGACCAGUGGAGGUCAUCAAGGAGCUGCUUAAAAACCAUGUAGAUCCUAGAGCGUGUGACUCCACUGGGAAGUCAGCACUGCACUAUGCAGCCCAGCUCAAAAGUUCCAUAAAGGAGCAGGUCAUCCAAGUGCUGGUGGACUUGCUGCCGCUCUCAGACCAGCAAGCCUUGUUGGACUUGCUGGCAUUUUCCAAGCCUUUGGCAAACAGUGUAAGCUCCUUUCCUCCCCAGAACAGCAUUAUUCUGGAGAGUAUCACCUGCAUGGAGGAAAGAAAGCAGGAGAGUAAGGAGCAAUCCGAGUGCAGAAAAAGUAAAUCUGCAGAAGCUCGGGGCUUUUCUCUUGAUUUCCAAACCGCAGCAAAGACCCUGCAAGACAUGAGCCAAGCUUAUGAAGAGCUAGCAGAAAUGAGCAGCCAGGGAAUUUCUUUACCAAGCCUGUGGCAAGGCUACCACAAAAGGCAAGAGCAUGGCCCUAUUCCAGAUGGGACCCACCUGCCUCUCCAUCCCAUCAGAAGCAAUGGAAGAAACAAACAGCAGAUACCUGUCUUUGCUCUGAGCAAGUCCGAACCAAACAUAGCAGCGCCUCUCCUGCGCUCCAACUCACUUCAGGAUAUUAAAGCCCAGAUUCAGCAAAGGCUGAAAAUAACUAACCAAGAAAAAGUAAUCAAUCGCCCAAAUAAGGAAUCUUUGCCAUGUAUGAAAGCCAGGCCUGCAAGGACUCCAAGGCAUCUAUAUCCAUUGGAGGUUAAAACAGAUGUUAAUAAAGCACAAGAGAAGAGAUUACUACAUUUCAUUAAAUCUGUUCCAUUCAAACCGCCUGUUCUACUUCCUCUGUCUCCUCGUCCCCAAGCAUCGAAAAGAAAAAACAGGUUAACAAGUAGCAGAGCUGACAGGCAGGAGGGAAGCUCCAGUAGUUCAAGUACUCAGGGGUCCCUAGAUGAGGAUUACUGCAAAUCAGAAGAAAUUCACAGACAAGUCAAAGACUGUAAAGAUGAAUCUGAGCAGAAGUCUGACAUUCAAAGACAAGUCAAUGUUGGUGUAAAUGUUGAUGCUGACUUUCAGAAUGAACCCAAGGUAAAACAAUUUAACAGUGUCCCAAAAGAUAAAGAUAGAGUACAAGAACAAAGGACUGCUGAAGGAGAUCAGAACACUGUCUUCAUAGUGUCAAACAACUGUGAACAACCAUUAAUAAGGGCUACUGAUUCAGAACAGGUAUCCUCCAAAUAUAACUAUGUUGACAUCUGUGACCUUGGUAAUGACGAGAUCAAACCUGACUUACAAGAUGCACUGGUUCCAGUUGCAGGAGAGAAAAGUGGCUGCAAUGACAAUGGAGAUAAUCAGGCAGUCAAUGAAGAGUCCACUUUUGGAAAUGAACAGUUGCUACCUGUUGUACAUAUCACAAUCUCAGAAGCAGAGCUUGAGACCAGAGAGGAGACAAAAAUACCAAAGAACAAAGUCAACAUGAAGAGUGUGCUUAUAAAUGUCAACCACAGCUUUAACAUUAUAGCUCAAGAAGAAUAUGUUAAGACUAGAAAUGAGACAAGAUCAAACCUUAGGAAUAAGUCAUCUCCAGCAAAUCUCAAGCCAAACUGUAGAAGGUCUCAAGGUCUGAUGAUCAAAGGUGAAUGCACAACAAAGCAAGGGGGCUUUCAGUCAAAUAAUGAAAAGGUGCAGCCCAAUUGCACUGGUUUACCUGUGCUACCAAAUGGAUGCACCGCACCAUCAAAAGUGAGAAUCAAAGCACACCCAGUAGAAAGAAAAUGUUUUAUGAAAAUUGCUACAUUGCCGAAAAAGCAGCCUCUUCCCCGUAUCUACAGAAGUGCUCACCAGGUCAAGAAACAAGGAGCUGCUUCAACUCCAAGAGCAAAGUCUGCCGCAGACAUCUUACAACUCAACUACGACGACAUGUUCAAAGAAAUCAACUCAAACGAGGAAGGACCUGGAAUCUAUGAAAUGUUUGGUACACCAGUAUAUUCCAACAUAAGGGUAUCCACUGCAUCUGGAAGCAGAUCUUCCAGGGAGGUGCAGUCUGCUCCACCAAGAAAGAGUUCUGGACAUAAACCUUCAAAAUCUAGCAAAGCACCCGAGAGAAGCAGGCCAAAGAAAACAUCACAUGGGAAGCUGAAUUUGGUGACACUUAAACAAAAAAACAAAGAUGUUUUGAAGAAAGGGAAACACCACAAGCGGCUGCUCAGCAAUGAGGAGCAGGAGGGUAUUGUAUUUAUUUCUGGUCCAGACUGGCACAUAAAGACAUCUAAGAGCGAGGUGCUCUUCUGUGAACUGGAUGGCAUGAAUGAUCUUCAAACAUCUAAGAAUAUUCAGAUACCCCAGGCAACAGAGCUUGAAGAUCAAACAAUCAUUGGGAAAAUCCAAACACAACUGCCAGACAGAACAAUUGGUUCUGUAAAUCCUAACAGUGUACACAAUAGAGGUCUGCUGGGUAUUCAGAUGCUUGAUCAUGAUGCUGGUUUAGCCGAGAGUGAUGAGGAACCUAAUGAACCAGAUCCUUGUAUUCCCAAAGGCGAAUCAUUUGUUUGUGAUGAGACCGAAAAUAAAGACUAUUCAGGUUUCCAUCAGAUAUCAAAACAGGAUACUUACCCAACUCCACCGAAAAUCAACACAUGGACUUCUGCAAGUAACAGAGUGGUUUCUCCGACAUACCAGAGGUUUCUGGAAUCUGCAAGCAAUGAUUUGACAGACGAGUUAUUAUGUCGCCUAGCGGAGGAGCUGUUAUCACUGGAUGAAAAGGAUACUGAGAACUCACUUGAGAGAAACUACCCAAGUCCAGAAGAGAAUAAUAACGUACCUGAAGAAGCCAUCUCUCGAUCACAGGAAAGAAGCAACUGCAAAUACAUAAAAGUUAAAAACUAUCAACCAUUAAUGGAUCAAACGUCUGAUAAGUUGUCAGAAACUCCUAGCAGACCUCUGAGUAACUCUGAUAGUUAUAACACUAAGGAUGCCAUUACUUGGACAAAAGGUGACAUUCUUGGCAGAGGUGCUUAUGGAACGGUGUAUUGCGGUCUCACAAAUCAAGGCCAGCUGAUAGCAGUGAAGCAGGUUGCCUUGGAUCCUUCAGAUCAAGUCACUGCAGAGAAGGAAUACCAGAGACUCCAGGAAGAAGUGGACUUGCUAAAAACUCUCGAUCACUGCAAUAUUGUAGGUUUCCUGGGAACCUGUCUUGAAGUAAACAUUGUGAGCAUCUUUAUGGAGUUUGUUCCGGGUGGAUCUGUUGCCAGCAUCAUCAACCGCUUUGGACCUCUUCCAGAAAAGGUGUUUGCCAUUUACACAAAACAGAUCCUGGAAGGGGUUGAAUAUCUGCACAAUAGCCGGGUGAUCCACAGAGACCUCAAAGGGAACAAUGUCAUGCUUAUGCCCACUGGUAUUAUAAAACUCAUAGAUUUUGGCUGUGCCAAGCGUUUGGCUUGUUUGAACACGACAGGCACCAACAGCGAAAUGCUCAAGUCUAUGCAUGGCACUCCAUAUUGGAUGGCACCGGAAGUCAUCAAUGAGACUGGGCACGGCAGGAAAUCAGAUAUCUGGAGUAUUGGAUGCACUGUGUUUGAAAUGGCAACGGGUAAACCGCCACUUGCUCACAUGGAGAGGAUGGCAGCCUUGUUUUACAUUGGUGCACGGAAGGGACUUAUGCCGUCCUUACCAGACCACUUCUCAGAAAGUGCCAGGAACUUCGUCCAAGCUUGUUUAACAAGCGAUCAACGAGAAAGACCCUCUGCUAAACAAUUACUGGAGCACCCUUUCAUCAAGCAAGAAAAAUAAUGAAAUCAUCAGCAAUUAAACCCAAGAUGUGAAAUAGAGUAAGGCAGAACACAUUUCAAAACCAGUGGAAGUGACGAGACAUGAGAAUGGUAUAACUGUUGAUGCUCUCAUAUACAACUUGGAGAAGAAGAAUCAGGACUUUGACCUUUAUUUGUUACAAUAUAUGCACUGUUUACAAGCAAAAGUGAUUAGACGGGUACACAAGAGUUAAAGAUGUUGGCAGAACAAGUCAGAUCGUCAUUGAACCUAUUCUGAAAAGCGUUAUACAUGAAGAACUUUCAUAUUAACAUAUCAAUGUGUAGCACCACACUAGAGAGGUCACAGGAUUAACAACUGCAGUUCAGAAAAACUAUACACUUUUGGGGAGUUUCUGUGCCAAGAUCAAUAUUAAGCUAGAUUUGAUAUGUAUUGUACAUAGAUCACUUCUAUUUUCUGUUAGUUUACCUAAAUUAACUUAACAUUGCACUACUACUACUAGUAACUAAGAAUUGUAAUAAAUACUUAUGCAAAAUGAACUAGUGCGCUCUGGAUUGCAUACUGUAUAACUUAGAAGAAAAAUAAAGUCCCCUUUCAGUCUCAGAUAUUGUACCUAUAAUUAAAGUUGCUCCAAUAUAGCAAAACCAAACUCACUCUCUCCAUUAGAACAUGAACAAGCUUUGCUACAAACUGCCUACUAUUAUUGUACAUGGUUUUGUAUUUUACCAAACCACCUGUUCCACUUUCCCAUCUCAAUAGCAAUUCCAGGCAUAAUUGUUAAUAUUGAUUGUACCUCAAUUUCUUUCCUGAGUGAAAUAUUUUUAAGCAAACGAACAAGCUUAGAUAACUGUGUGUAAAAGAACCAUAACAUUGAAUACCGUUAACAUUGUACGUGACACUGUCCAGUAUGUCUUACUCAUGGGACAACCUGUCUCUCAUUUAUAAACAAUGUGGACUAUGCUGCCAGCACUACUAUGGAUACUUACCUCUCUGCCAAAUCUGCUUGGUCUCACUAAACUCAGGAGUCAGUAACAUGUUUCAGUCAUGAUGAUACAUGUAGUAUCAUCUACCCACACGCUUUUUUUUUUUUUUUUUUUUUUGCAAUCCAUAGUGAAUAACCAGUGCUGUACAAAACAUCCAACUGUGUACAGGUUGUUCAAAUCAACUCCAAGUCAUUAAGAAAUUCCAGAUAAAGCUUUCAUCGAUAUGAUAUAUACACAUGCAUAGUAUAUGCAAUCUUCACAAACUGCUGCUUACUAUAAAAUAAUGUUUAAAAACAGAACAAGCCUGGGGUUGAGUCUGAUUUACUGAACAAGCCUGGGGUUGACUCCGAUUUUGUCACGUGAAAUGAAGCAAACAGUUCUGAUUAUUGAUAUUCAUAUACCUAAAACAGUUCAUACACUAGCUAAAUUAUUUCUACCUUUAAAAAAAUUAAAAGUAAAAUAAAACAGGACGCACAGGAAAUUCCACAAUGGGAUUAAACACAAUCAUACAGUCACACACAAAACCUAUACCCAAAACCACAGGUUCAAACUAAUACUAAUGGUAGAUUAAACCACCCCUGAGGUCCACAAUUGAAAAUGGGUGUGGAAUCUAGCCAACACAAUGCAUGCAUAGCCCACCAAAUAGAGCCAAUUGCCUUUAAUCCAUAUUGAUUAGAAAGCUACCCUUAAUCUGAAUACUUCUCUUAGGUAUACUUCCCUUAUUUACCUGCAUAAUGAAAGUGACAUUAAUUUGCUUAGCAGACCAUCUACCACACAAUUAUAUGAAAUCCAAAUAUUUAAAAUCACUUCCACACUAAAACCUCGGUUUAUUUCCAGUAAAAAACGAAUAAACUCUGGUACACAUGGCUAAAAAUACACAAAUCACCGUCACAACUAACAAAAUCACAUUGAUUUUUUUUUUUUCUUGCCAUAUCCUUAAAAGCACGUGAACAACAUUUCUCCCCCCUCCCCACCGCAUGAGAAUUUGAAUGAAAAUGAAAAAUACAUGACAAAAGACUGCAAGUUAAGGUAGUGGUAACCUUAAGAUUUAUUUAUAGAAUUUAAAUGAAAAACUGGAUGUCAAGAUUUGCGCUGGUUCCUUAACCACUGUAAGCCUGCGUUUAAGAGUAAAAUCACGGUGUUCAUACUGGAAAAGAACAUUCUUGGCUUAAUUUAGAAAUUAGCACUACUCAAUUGAAAACAAUUAUUGCCGUUAGAAAUGAAAAACAACGCAUUUUGGAACUGACCUGAAAAAUAAUACAACACAAAACUCAACUUUACUGUUGACUUGAAAUUUUGCUCAAAUAUAUAGUUUUUUAAUAAACACAUUAAUAAUUCUAAAUUACCAUAAUCAAGUAACAGCUCUGCGUCUAGGCUAAUGCAUCAAGCCAAGAAACAUUUUAAAUGCACUUCACAGCAACGAUUAUGUAAACGUUUUAUUUAUAGUUCUAUAAUUGUCUUUUUUUUUUUUUUUUUUUUUUUUAAUUAGAGGCACAACCUUUGGCAUCCAGCUUCGAUCAACCAGGUCAAGAGAGUAAAAAGACAACUUUUUUUUUUUUUAUGUGACCUCUGAAUAAUCUUGAAAUUUACCAAGAACUGGUGCUGGAUUCCCAGUAUGACAGGAAAUGCCCCUCUUGGCAGCCAUGCAGCUAACAGGGUCUGUAGCUGGAAUGCUGCCAUCUGAACCACUGUUGGACUCUUAUACAAGAUACAAGUCUUUUACAUAUAUCCGUUAUACUUACAAGCAGCUCCAAACCUGAGUAUUUAUGGUAUAGCUAAACAUACAAAAAUGUAUGUACAUUUAUCUCCACUUUCUGUAAACAGUUGUCAGUAUAAUCUGUUUUAUCCCUUUAUCAUUGAAACAUGCAAAUCACACAUACAGUAUAAAGAUAUAAAAAAGAAAACAAUGACACUCAUUCAAAAGCAAACAACUAAAACCCCACUUUCUUGGCUGCAGUGUUAAAUCAUGCCUUCAAUGUUCAGGGUCUGUCUUCUGGAAGCAGCCACUUACUUGCCUGUGAAGUUUACAGUUGUGGAAAUAUUGUUAAAUAAAAUAUAAAAUAAAAAAAUGCACCUUUCAUGCUAGUACAGUAUUUAUAAUACUAUUCUUAUGUGGAGAACUGGAGAUAAACUUAUGUUUAUGCUAUUUCUUUUUCCACAGUGGAGGACAAAGCAGCAGUACACUGAACAAGUGGCAGCAUCAUGUUAUGCAGCCUAAAGAUUAGGAAGCAUUUCUUUUCUUUGUUUUUAAAUUAAAAGAUCCCCCCCCCCCCCAAA